UGACAGAGGAGCCAGAAAAAGAGCUGUGACUAGCAGUGUCCUUCACUCCCUUGGCCUUGGUGCUUGCUUGCACUAGUCCUUGCUGGCACCACCACCCAGACAGAGGCCCUGCCUGUGAGCAUUACAGCCCACUGUCUAACCUGGACCUCAGGAUGGACGUCCUAGAGACCUCCAAGUUACUGGAUGAGGAACUGUAUUCACGGCAGCUGUAUGUACUGGGCUCAGAGGCCAUGCAGAGGAUUCAGGGAGCCAAGGUCCUGCUGUCAGGCCUGCGGGGCCUGGGGGCUGAGGUGGCGAAGAACCUGGUGCUGAUGGGUGUGGGCAGCCUCACUCUGCAUGACCCCCACCCCACCUGCUGGUCAGACCUGACUGCCCAGUUCUUCCUUUCAGAGGAAGACUUGGGGAAGAGCAGGGCUGAGGCCUCUCAAAAGCCUGUGUCUCAGCUCAAUGGAGCCGUCCAGGUCUGUGUCCACACAGGCGCCAUCACUGAGGACCUUCUGCUGGACUUCCAGGUGGUGGUUCUGACUACCUCAGAGCUGGAGGAGCAGUUGAGGGUGGGCAAUUUCUGCCACCAGCACAGGAUCUGCUUUGUGAUGGCUGACACCCGAGGCCUUGUGGGGCAGUUGUUCUGUGACUUUGGUGAGAACUUCACUGUAUGGGACCCCACAGAGGCAGAACCACUGAUGGCCACCAUCCGGCACAUCUCCCAGGGCUCUCCUGGUGUUGUCACCCUGAGAGAGGCUGAUGUCCACUUCCAAGACGAGGACUUGGUGACUUUCUCAGGCAUUGAGGGCAUGGUUGAGCUCAAUGGCUGUACUCAGCCCAUCCGCGUACAGGAAGAUGGGACCUUGGAGGUUGGGGACACGACAACCUUUUCCUGUUACCUUCGUGGUGGAGCUGUCACUGAAGUCAAGAAACACAAGACCGUGAGCCAUGAAUCCCUGGCUGCAGCCCUGCUCCAGCCCCGUGUGGUUGCCCAGAGUCCCCGGGAAGUCCGCCGCGCCUGCUGCCUGCAUCAGGCCUUCCGUGCACUGCAUGAGUUCCAGGCCUGCACUGGCCGCCCACCCAAGCCCUGGCAUCCUGGUGAUGCAGAGGCUGUGGUGCGUCUGGCCCAGGCCCUGGGACCAUUGCAGAGGACACAGGAAGAGCUACUGGAUGAGGCCCUGGUACGGGCAGUCGCCAUGUGUAGCACCGGUGACCUGAGCCCCAUGGCAGCCAUGCUGGGUGCAGUAGCCGCCCAGGAGGUGCUGAAGGCAAUCUCCAGGAAGUUCAUGCCCCUGGACCAGUGGCUGUAUUUUGAUGCUCUCGAAUGCCUUCCAGAAGAUGGGGAGCCCCUUCCCAGCCCCGAGGAUUGCGCUCCAAGAAGCUGCCGCUAUGACGGGCAAAUUGCAGUAUUUGGGGCUGGUUUUCAGGAGAAGCUGAGCUGCCAGCGCUACCUUCUGGUGGGCGCAGGCGCAAUUGGCUGUGAGCUGCUCAAAGGCUUUGCCCUAAUGGGCCUGGGGGCCAGUGACAGCGGGAGCAUCACUGUUGCUGACAUGGACCACAUAGAGCGCUCCAACCUCAGCCGUCAGUUCCUCUUCAGGCCCCAGGACAUUGGUAGUCCCAAAGCAAAGGUGGCUGCAGAGGCUGCCAGUCGCCUGAACCGAGGCUUGCAGGUGACCCCGCUCACCCACCCGCUGGACCACACCACAGAGCACAUCUUUGGGGACAGCUUCUUCUCCCGUGUGGACGGUGUGGCUGCUGCCCUAGACAGUUUCCAGGCCAGAAGCUAUGUGGCUGCUCGCUGCGCCCACUAUCUGAAGCCACUGCUGGAGGCAGGCACCCAGGGCACCUGGGGCAGUGCUGCAGUGUUCAUGCCCCAUGUGACUGAGCCCUACAGAGCCCCCGUCUCGGCUGCAGCUUCUGAGGAUGCCUCCAACCCUGUCUGUACUGUGCGGUUCUUCCCCAGCACAGUUGAGCACACUCUGGAGUGGGCCCGGAAUGAGUUUGAGGGGCUCUUCCGACUGUCUGCCGAGGCCAUCAAGUGCCAUCAACAGGCACCCACUUCCCUGGCAGACGUGGAUGGGCCGCAGGUGCUGACUCUGCUGCAGCCCGUGCUGGGUGUCCUGAGGGUGCGUCCACAGACCUGGCAAGACUGCGUGGCAUGGGCACGUGGGCACUGGCAACUAUGUUUCCAUGACAGCAUUACACAGCUCUUGAAGUGCUUCCCACCCGAUAAGGUGCUUGAGGACGGAACACCCUUCUGGUCCGGUUCCAAACAGUGUCCUCAGCCCCUGGAGUUUGACGCCAACCAAGACAUGCACUUCUUCUACGUGCUAGCAGCUGCCAACCUGUAUGCCCAGAUGCACGGGCUGCCUGGCUCAAAGGAUCAGACUGCACUCCGGAGGCUGCUAAAGUUGCUGCCACUGCCCAGUCCGCAGCACCUGGCCCCCAUCUUUGCCAGUGACCUGGAGCUAGCUCAGGCUUCCACCACGUUUGGCCCUGAGCAGUUGAAAGAAUUGCACAAAGCCCUGGAAGUCUGGAACGAGGGCCCUCCCCUACAGCCUCUGCUGUUUGAGAAGGAUGAUGACAGCAAUUUCCAUGUUGACUUUGUGGUGGCAGCGGCUAGCCUACGAGCUCAGAACUAUGGGAUCCCACCAGCCAACCGUGCCCAGAGCAAGCGCAUCGUGGGACAGAUUAUCCCAGCUAUUGCCACUGCAACAGCAGCUGUGGCAGGCCUGGUGGGCCUGGAGCUGUAUAAGGUGGUGGGCGGGCCGACACCCCUUGGUGCCUUCCGGCACAGCUAUCUGCACCUGGCUGAAAACUACCUCAGCCGCUGGAUGCCUUAUGCCCCAGCCAUCCAGACGUUCCGUCACUUGACGUGGACUUGCUGGGACCGCCUGAAGGUGCCUGCUGGGCAGCCUGAGAGGACUCUAGAGUCACUGCUGGCCCAUCUCCAGGAGCAACAUGGGCUGCAGGUGAGGAUGCUACUGUAUGGUCCAGCCGUGCUCUACUCAACGAGAUGGCCCCAUGACAGGCAGGCCCAGCACUUGCCCCUCAAGGUGACAGAGCUGGUGCAGCGGGUGACAGGGCAGGUGCCUGAGCCUGGGCAGCAGGUCCUGGUACUGGAGCUGAGCUGUGAGGGUGAGGAGGAGGACACUGCUUUCCCGCCUCUGCACUAUGAGCUGUGAUAAGGCAGCAGCCCUGACACCUGGCUCUACCAAACCCACACCUGCAUCCUGAGCCCACAGCAGGCCUUCAAUAAAUGCUUACUGAAGACCUAA